AGUGAACUAAUGAAGAUUCUAUUGCUUUCUCCUGCUGCAGAACAGCUUUCUGGCAUGCAAGCCAAGGAACCUGUCUGAAAAUAUAUUACAGAGUGAACCUGCAAGGAGAGAAAAAAAGAAAAAAAAUGAACUUACUGCACUUCUACCAGAGCCUCCUGGCCCUUCUUUAGCAGCUCCGCCUCCCUGUAGAUGCCUAAAUGGCUACAUAGGCUGCCAUCCAACUCCUACAACAGAAAAUCCAAACCCCAGAAGCCCUGCUGAGAUGGGAAAAAUCAUCGUUUAUGAGCAUGCUAACUUUCAGGGUAUGUCCAAAGAAUUCCACACCAACAUUGCCAACCUAAAAGAUGCAGAUUGGAACGACUGUAUCUCCUCAGUGAGAGUAAUCGGCCAUCCUUGGGUGGCUUAUCAGCACGCAGAUUAUAAAGGACAGUUACUGGUAUUUGAGGAGGGAGAUCAUGACUUUGUUGGUAAGAAGAUGAAUGAUAGGAUCAGCUCUCUGCAGGUGAUCACUGAAGAUCUGCACAAUCCCCAGAUCACUCUCUAUGAACAUGCUGACUAUCGAGGGAAGAGCAGAGUAAUAAAAGAAGCAACCAAUCUGGCUAGAGGACAUGACAAUGACAGCACAUCUUCUCACAAAGUCCAGAAAGGUGUCUGGCUGCUGUGUGAACACAGUGAUGGAAGUGGAUUUCAGUACAUUGCCCGAGAACGUGAGCACCUUCCAAAUUACAAGGCGAUCAAGUUCAAUGACAAGCUUUCCUUCCUGCGCCCCCUGCGCCCUGGCUGUGGCUGUUAG